CACUCUUUUCUCUCUCGUAAGCGAAAAAACAAAUCCGAGACUUAGGGUUUCUUAUUUCCUUCUUGACAUUACUCUUCGAUUUCGUUUUCUCUCUGUUUCCAAUCCCGAAAACUAGGGUUUUUUUAGCAAUGGCUACAGCAACAAGUCUGGGUCGUGAUCUCUUGUCUUCCUCCUCCUCAAAAUCUGAUCGUGCGGCAGCGAUAAAGAUUAGGUUUGCGGAUAUCAUUGUCAAAUCGAGUAGAAACAAGUCUGAGGCUAUGAUGAAGAUCAGAAGGGAGAAGCAACUUCUGAAGAAGAAGCAGCUUCAAGAAAAGGCAAGAAUCGAAGCAAGAAUGAGAAUGAGAAUGAGACAAGAGGCAAGGCUUGCGGUGCUGAAGGUGGAAGAAGAAGAAGCAAGAUCAGAGUGUAAGUACUUCAAUCCUUUGUCUGUCGAAAAAGAACUGUUAGUUCUCAUUGGCGGCUCUCGUAAGGCAAGAGAUCGAUCUUUGCUUAAACAGUUUGGGUUGGUUUUGAAAACUGAUAUUGAUGAUGCUCUUCUUGAUGAUCUUGAGGAAGAAUGGAUUGACCAGGCUUUGAGCUUGGAAGUGACCAAGCUUCAUUCUCUUCACAGCAAAAAAACGCACAGAGUAACAAGGCUCUGUUUCCAGUAACAGUAACAAGGCAUUACGCUUCAUGUUUUCUUAUAGAUGAUUGAUCAUGUAGAGUAGAAGAUCCAAGGCUAGGCUUUCCAUCAACCUACAAAGAUCAGAGGAGUGAUAGCCGCAGGUUGAGGCCCAUGGAAAGCUUCAUUGUGCAAAGGCUAGUCUUGUUUUCAAAUAGCAGAAUAUCUAAUUUCUCUCAGUGUAGUCGACAUCAUCGCCCUGGAUCCUGAGAAAAGGUAUAUUCCGUAAGGGUUGUAUUGAUGAAACGUGUGUAAUGAUUAUUGAAGGAUCAGUUGAGGUGGCGAUGUACUUUAUAAAACCCUUAUGGAAUGUACCUUAAUAAACGUCUUUGAAUUCUAAUAAUCUGAUACCUAAACAUGGUUAUUGUACAUGAUUGCUCGUACGGAAUUGGAACCUAUAUUAUAACGAAACUACACAAAUGUUUAAAUCUAUUUAUCACAUGCUUAAGCAACUGUUUUUAAGUUUUAACACAGAUAUAACA